AUGUCCAAACCCAAUCUCAAGCCCACCUCAAAUCCCACCCUCCAAAACCCUAACCCUAAUCCCUCUUCUUCGUCUUCGUCGAUCGUGCCUCCUCGCCGCGAUCAGCCACACGUCUCUCGGGCGCCCGACCUCGCCGUUCCCCUCCUCCCCCUCCUCUCCCUCGCUCGGCCUCCGCCCACCUUCCCCUCCUCUCCUCCCUCCUCCACCAACCUCCUCCACUUCCCCAUCGCCGCCCCUCCUCCGCCCCCUGCCCACGCCCACGUCCUCGCCCUCGGCUUCGCCCCCAGCGUCGUCGUCUCCGGCGCCCUCCUCACCGCCUACGCCAAAUGCCGCCUCUUGGGCCACGCCCGCAAGGUGUUCGACGAAAUGCCCGUGAGGGACGUGCUCGCGUGGACCGCGCUCGUCCACGGCUACUCGACGUCAGGAGACUUGGUCUCCGCGUGCAAGCUGUUCGACCAAAUGCCCAGUAGAAACACUAUAUCGUGGACCGCCCUCAUCGGCGGGCUCAACCGAAACGGCGAGCCCUACGAGGCCUUAGACAUGUUUAGGAAAAUGAUGUAUCAAUGUGUUCGGCCGGAUCAGUUCACAUUUAGCAGCACUCUAUGCGCCUGCGCAGCCACGGCUUCGCUUACGCAAGGAAAGCAGAUCCACGGAUACGUACUGCGAUCAAAAUUCAAUCCGAAUUCCAUAGUGCUGAGCUCUCUCGUCGAUAUGUACUCCAAAUGCGGGGAUCUUUUGCGAGCCCGAUGGGUGUUUGAGCUCACGCAUUACAGUAAAAGGGACACCGUACUCUGGAAUACAAUUAUAUCUGCUUUGGGCCACCAUGGUCACGGAAAAGAAGCGAUUAAGCUGUUCGACGAAAUGGUUAAGUGUGGUAGAAAGCCUGAUGCAAACACUUUUGUCGUCCUCCUCACUUCGUGCAGCCACUCGGGAUUGGUCGAAGAAGGGGUGAGAUUCUUCGAGUCGAUGGCGAAGAUCCACGGUGUUGUCCGCCAGGAAGACCACUACGUUUGUUUGGUCGAUUUGUUAGGUCGAAACGGCCGGUUCAAAGAGGCGAUGGAAUGGCUCGCUAAGGAGCCGUGUAGGUCGAGUGCGCGAGCUCGGAAUGCAUUGCUCGGGGCGUGUAGAGUUCAUGGGAAUGUGGAGCUGGGGAAGCAAGUAGCCGAGCAACUCAUCGAAUUGGAGCCAAAUAGCUCCGCAAAAUAUGUGCUCCUUUCAAAUAUGUAUGCUGAGGAUGGGAAUUGGGAGCAUGUGGAGAAGUUGAGGGGCCUCAUGGAGGAGAGCCAAGUAAGGAAAGAGAGAGCUUCAAGCUGGAUCUAA